CUUAUAUAUCCUUUCGUAUAUUUUUUUUAUUAUUUAUCUAGGAUUUUAAAAUUAUAAGCGAUUUUUGGCGACUGGAUACAUGUACCAGAGCCAAUAAGAUAAAAGUUUAUUUAUAUCUGAUUGAUUCUGGUACAGUUUGGUAGGCUUUGAUACAUAUGUACCAAACAAUCACCAAAAAUCGCCUUAUAUGACACGAAACAAUUUUCAUUUUUUUGUUAUAAUAAAGUUAUUUAAAAAACUGCAAGCACAUUUUAAGUAAUUAGAUAUAAUUAUGUAUGAAUCUGUUUUUAAUGUAUAAUUUUGUAUAAUUACUCAGACAAUACAGUCUUUAAAAUAAUCUUUAGGUCUUUGUUACUAUUUUUCUAAGUAUUUAAGACAGCUUUUAUGAUUUUAGAUGACUUUGAUUUUGAUUAUUUUAAAAUAUUAUACGUAUAACAAUGUAUAUACGUAUAUUUAUACGUAUAUAAUGACGAAACUUUUUUACCCUGGAAAUUUAUAUGUUGCGUUAUCGUGUCAUUAUCAAUGUAAUCAGUGCGCUUGCUGCCUAUGCAUUAUCGAUUCGUUCGUAAAAAAAACCUACUUGUUAUCCGUGUCCUUGCCGGGCAGAUAUAAUCACGCGGUCUUCAGCAAUAACGCGCAUUAUGAGAUGUGCAAUGAAGCGAGUCGUAAUAUUCGGCAGCACUGGGAACACCGGCCUCUGCUCUCUGAGGACUGCCGUGGAAAAAGGUUUGAAAGUACGAGCUUUUGUAAGAGACAAAACCAAAAUCCCUGAGGAUCUUAAAGAUAAAGUCGAAGCAUUUAUUGGAGAUGUAACUAACGCGAAGGAGGUUGCAAAAGCAGUAGCUGAUACAAAUGCUGUUGUGGUAGUACUUGGUACCAGACAAGACUUGAACCCUACUACCGUGCUAUCUCAAGGCAUGAGAAAUAUAGUACAUGCUAUGAAAACGCAUAAUGUUGGUCUUGUCUCCGUAUGUCUGUCAGUUGAAUUUUUAGAGUUUUUGUUCGACUCUGCAGCACCGGUUAUAUUUCAAGAUGUGGUCGACGAACAUCAGCGUAUGCUUGAUAUAAUUAAAUCGAGUGAUUUAAAGUGGGUGGCGAUAUGUCCACGAGCCAUUGCAGAGAUGCCAAAGAAGGAAUAUACUAUUACAUUUGAUGUACAUUCCAAACCUGGAGUUAUAAUCUCUAAAUAUGACUUGGGUGCGUUUCUCGUCGAAUGUCUCGAGAAACCUGAUUAUUACCAAAAGAUAAUCGGUAUCUCAAACACAGCAUACCUCUGGUGAAAAUUUAAACCAGAGCGUAAUAGAUGCGUUUUAUUCACCAGAUUACUUUCACCAAGGACUGUGUGUAGAAAUAUAUGGAUACAUGAAUAAUAAAAUACAUGUAUUUUUUCUAGUGGAAAAAUAAAUAUGUAUAUUUAUGUAAA